CCGCUUUUGGUAUUAAGAAAAGGAGCCGUCGGUAUAUGUAGGACUUUCCGCCUUAAAGAAAAAUGGCACUAGCUGGGUCGCCCCUAUCUCUAAAGGGCAGAAUGGGCCCUUACUCGGCCUAUUAAGCCCCUAACUCAAAUAAGGGGGCGAGUGCGGUUUGAUGAACCGGCAAAAAGGAAGUACAUAUCAGGCCACCUUGCUUAGAUCCCCGGAUCGUAGCAUAGGCCUAGGAGAUGCCACUCGCAGAGUUAGAGGACUGCAGUAUGAUAUGCGGUGUGCAUUGGUCCCGGUUGGAAUCACCAAGUUUUCGAAGCUGAUCGAAAGAGCUACGGAAUUCAAAGAGAAUACCCCCGCUGAAACACAGCCUUUGCCGGAUCACCAAGCUUAUUACUCUCUAAAUCUGCCAACUGCUUCAGCCAAUAUUGCCACAGCUGAAACAGAGGAUGAUGUAGAAGAAGAAAAUCUCCCGAUUCAGCCUUCUUCUACAUCAUCGGUUUCCCCUUCCCCUUCGCUACCAGCUCCUUCUCACCUUUCGAACCGACCGCUUCCCGAUCUCAACCUUCCCCCGGCUCCUUCGCCGGAGCCUGCCCCUCCUGCACCACUUUCGGCGGAAGAAGAACAAGACCUUCUAACGAAAAGGGAGCAGGUAAAGCGUGUGAACUGCGGAUACUCCUGA